AUAUAUUUAUUGUUUAAUUCAGUCAGUUUCAUUUCAGGAUUAUCUGAGCAAUGUUAGAAGUGCCAUGGAAGAAGGUGUUAAAGUAAUCGGUUAUACAGCUUGGAGUUUGAUGGAUAACUUCGAAUGGAUGCGUGGAUACUCAGAAAGAUUUGGUCUUUACCAUGUUGACUUCGAAAGUCAAAAUCGUACAAGAACGCCAAAAAGUUCUGCUGAAUAUUAUAAAAAGGUAAUUGCCACUCGUUGUUUGGUAGAUACAUGUGAAAAAGCUUAAAAUGAUAUUUUAGAACUUUGUCGUUAGGUUUCUAAUAUUAUAAAUAUAUAAAAUACAUAAAAA